ACUCUCCUUCCGGCGCGCUCGCUGCCUUUGCUCUGCUCUUCCGCCAGCCGGCGACGGCGGCUCACUCUCUCGCCCUCCAGUUCCCCUCUCCCCCUCGGCUUCUCCUCCCGCCCCUGCACUCCCCUCCCUCACCGCUAAAUCCUCCUCCCCGCCAAAGGCGCGUGUCUCGUGGAAGCGCGAUCUGCGCCGCCGCCGGUUGCCCGAGAGGCGCGGUCCGGCUGCCAAGUCAAGCCGCCUUCGGAAUAGGCAAGUGUUGGUGUUUUAGAGCAGAUGGCAUUUUCUCACUGUGCAUUGUCAAAGGAGUAGUGAGCAAUGGCAUUCCGUCUACUGUCACGUCAAAAUCUUAGGAAGUUGUCCGCUUCUUUCACUCUCCUUAGUCCAUCCCAAAAGACACUACUUUCACCUUCCCUUCCAGCUCUCAGAACUGAUGUUAUUUCCCCUGGCAAAUACUUAAGCCCCUUUUACCCGUUUGCGAGUUCAUGGGGUGUUCGAUGGGCUAGCUAUGAGUCAGUGAAUCUUGUUUUGUCAGACGAUGGGAAACCCAAGUUCGAAAUUGAAGAAGUGGAGCCCUCCAAGAAGGGGAGGUAUCAGACAAAGAGGCGUUUGAAGCUUCAGAGAAAACGGGAAAAGAAGAAGCGGAAGGAGGCCAAUAAGAAUGAUCCACGGCGUAUCAGACCCAAGGGCAAAAAAAUAAAACAGAAAUUUCCUACAGCUGAAGCUCGGGUCAAAUACAAGAUCGAGAAGGCCCGAUUAAAAGAAUCUAUGCUGGUUGAGAAACUAAAGAGGUAUGAGGUUGAGAAAGCUCAAGGCCCUGUGGCUAAACCAGAGGAUCUCAAUGGCGAGGAAAGAUUUUAUUUGAAGAAAGUUUCACAGAAAAAGUCAAAUUAUGUCCCAAUUGGAAGGCGGGGUGUUUUUGGGGGUGUAAUUCUGAACAUGCAUUUGCAUUGGAAGAAACAUGAGACUGUCAAGGUCAUCUGUAAGCCUUGCAAACCAGGGCAAAUUCAGGACUAUGCAAGUGAGAUAGCUCGACUGAGUGGUGGUGUUCCUAUUAAUGUUGUUGGAAAUGACACCAUAGUCUUCUACCGAGGAAAGGACUAUGUUCAGCCAGAGGUCAUGUCACCAAUUGAUACACUGUCAAAGAAAAAGGCACUUGAAAAGUCAAAAUACGAACAAUCGCUGGAGACAGUUCGACGUUUCAUUGCGGUAUCUGAAAAGGAGCUCGAACUGUACUAUCGGCAUGUUGCACUUUAUGGAAAACCACAAUCCGAGACUACUGAUCUGGUUCAUGGUGAUGGUGGGUAAGCUUCUUCACUAGAAUGGAGGAGUUAAAACAUCGUGGAAAGGACCAAGGACCUCAUCUGGCUAGUAAUGCUUUCUCUGAUAUUAACACGAUGGAUACAUCCAAGUCUGAUGAAGAAUAUGAUUCUAGUAGCGAAUCUGAUGUCAAUGAUGUUGCAACUGGAGAUGCUAUAGAAAGGUACCUGUCACGGCACUCGCCAUAACAUCAAAUUGUUUUGGAAUGAUACACCACACUAUGACAUGGAUACUUCUCUUCACUCAAGAUAGACCUGACAGUUCUUAAGAUGAUGUUAAUGUGCUAUCACUAUGGGUGUCAGUGGGGCAUCCGGGCAUGACUGGCCCAUAAGCCGAUGUCCUGCUAUUUGCCUUUUCGAGAUUACGCCAAAGGCGUACCAUAUUGUUAUAGAAGGCAGACCGGCUACAUUUGCUCAUGUUGCUCUGACUGCUUUGUCCAGCGGGCAUCCCCCAUUUGUGCAUGUUGCUCUGAUUGCUCUGUCCUGAUGGAACCGUUGAUGGUGGCGCUGCCAGUUCCCUGACCUCCCUAUGCCUGGAAGCUACUGCCAGCGCCAGCAUCAGCGUCACCACCUCUGUCGCUAUAUAGCUUCCUCUGCAAUGCAUUGCCAUCAGCAAAGUAGGCAAUUGUGUGACCUACGGCCAUCAGCAUAGUAGCCAAGAGAGGUUAGAUUUUGACCUACUCUUUUUAGUUAGGUCCUCUAAAUUUCAUGUUGUGUACAGUGCGCUUACAUUGAAACAAUAUUCAUUUGCUGGAUCCGAAGCUUAAUCAGAAUUCAAAGUAACGAUGGUCUGUUGAUGCAUUUGACCUUUUACUGUGUCAACCUCCCUGGGUGAUGCUAAUGAAAUCGAGGUACUGUUUCUGCAGUUCUUGUGUUAUGGUGCUCUGUUCCAUGCAGUACACCUGCAUCUCGUUCUUAGCUUUUAUUUUGUACUUGCAUUUUUUAGUAUCUGUGAAUUCAACCUGCAAAUCAAGUCAACCUCCCAGCCUCCCAGGCUGAUUAAUAUCACCGAAUUCUGCGUCCUGAAAGAACGGGUGCAGGUAGAGGCUUUGAUCUCAACUUCUCAAGCAACAUUUCUAGUGAUUCUAUCUGAAGCUCUUAGGUCAACAAAUUCAGUCAUACAAUUUUGUAAGAUGUUUCUAAAAGUGCCCCCAGUCUCAUGGUCAAAAAGGAAAGCUUAUGGGGCCUGCAGGAGCACACCUAUCAAAGGGCUGAAGUGUACAAUACCAAAGUGUCCUGCUAUGUUGCCAAACCACACCACAGGCUGGGACCCACUGAGCAAUCUUAUGGCAAAGAGAGCACUCCACAAUGUAUCUUGCAAAAGCACACCACAAGCUAGGCCCCAUGUGUCAGGAAAAAGUAGUCAAAAAGUGAAACUUGUGACCAAUAGUGGCUAGUGCAGCCCUAAAAGUAAUAUUUAUAUAUUCCUUAUGGUAGUCCACAAGCUUGUGGGUUACCCACAAGAUUUUGAGCUUGUGUAUAGCUUAUAGAUAGGCUCAACUAUGUAUGUGAAAAUUCUUAAGGUGCACUUUUUGCUUGUGGACACUCUUAUGGACUACAUAGUAGAUGCCCUUACACUGAAGAAAAAAUUCCAAAGAACUAGAAUCCUCAAAAGACCCUAUGAAAUUCCAAUGAACCAAAAGAAUCUCUCACAAUACACUUUUUUUUGGUGAUUUUAUAAAAUAUAUUACCUCCGCCCCAAAAUAUAAGCCUUUUUUAGGUAGCUAAACUAGCUUUCUAAGAAAACUUAUAUUUCGAAGCGAAGGUAAUAUUAUAGUACUCUAGUACUCCCUCCGUUCUUUUUUAAUUGACUCAAAUUUAGUAUAAAGUUGUACUAAAUCUGAGUCAAUUAAAAGAGAACGGAGGGAGUACAAAUUAAUGGUCAAGGUUAUGUUUGGAAGACCGUAUUAUACACUAUAUAAAAGACAAUCAGUUUAGGGCAUCUAAUGCUAAUUUGGGCACUGUAGAUGCACAAUUUUUCACCAUUCCGGUGCAUCCACGUCCCCCUUUACCUAAAUAAACAUCAGGCGUUUUAUCUUCCUUCUCCCAUUUUCUUCUCCAUGGAUUGAUCCAGAUUACCGGUUACCUUCCGGUCACUAGGUUAUCCUUCUCACGCCUGGCCAACAGCGGCGGUGUUAUGAGCUGGCCACGUCUUAAAAAUUCUGCCGAUACGCGUGGCAUACCUAGCGAAAGGCGGGCCAAAAGAACGGGCACUUCAGUAUUAAAAUUUGUCUUUCUCUCUUGGAUUUGGCCUCUUCAGGUCUCUUCUUGUCUUUCUCUCUCCUGGCUCACUCCGUCCUGCCGCAUCUUGCGCCGCCGAUCGGGGGCGACCUCCACCUCCGCAUACAUCUCUGGUGAGAAGAAGAUGGUGGCCCGCCGGCCAUGGGGACCAAGCUGCUGCAGGUGGUGGGCGGCUCCAGCACCCUCCUCUGCCGUAGGAUUGUCUCUUCCUGGCCGUCGUUCUGCCUCUUGAGGCGGCAAUGGAGGAACGUCCUUCACCGGAGACGACCCUCUCCUCUCCAUCCCUGGCCGUCCAACGAGAUCGAUGGCGCUGCUCUUGGUGCUGCUCCGCCCGGUCGCCGUGGUAGCCUGCCGGGGCGUCCCAGCCGAUGAUGUACUGUCGGCCCCUCCUCUGCUUCCGGUCUGCAGAUGGACGCUGCCGGUAGGCCGACGGGGCGGCCCGGCCAAGGUCGUCCGGACGCCUCCGUUUCUCCUGCAAGCCUAGAGGUCGACGCUCUGCGGCCGUUACCGCACUCCGUAUGGAUGGUCCAGCGUUUGCGUGUUCAUCUCCAUCCUCUUUAGUUUGUGCAUUAUAUCAUGUUGAGAUGAUUUCUGGUGGCCCAUUCGACUUUUCUCCUCCUCGGUCGUUGGCAACUCUGCCGCCUCCGUCCGUCCUUCCUGCUGAUCUGCAGGUUCAUCGCCCCUGUUUUUCCAUGUGGCCGGCGUGGUGGGCGUCGGAUCAUGCCCCUGGAGGUUGUGCACUUGUGCUCCCGCGUCUGCCUCUCCUGGUCUACAGAUUGAUGGUACCUCUAUUCCUCUGGGUGACUGCCAUGGUAAGCUCCUGGGGCAUGCCGGUGCGUUAGCCUUGCAUACUGGUUUGGCUUCUCCUUCCCGUCCCGAGACGGCUGACGGUGCGGUGUACGACCUCCGCGCCCUCCUGUCCUUCCUGAGGUGUAUCGGCUAUGUGAUGAGCUGAAGCGUCCAUCGUCGUGGUUGAUCCUCUCUCAAGUGGAGGAGAGAUAUUUGUGCGUGCUUGCCCGCAGAGUGUCCGGAUUGGAGUUGUGAGUUGUGACUGUGCGUCGCCGCCGUGGUUCCUGGCUCCUCCACACGUAGUUGCUGCCAUUCACAGCACAUCCAUCUAUGGAUGAUUUGGUUUCCUCACGUAGUCACGUAUCAUGCUUGCAAAGUAACAAGGAGAACCUCAAUGAAGUCAAGAGGAGAAAAACUAGUAUACUCAUAUGUGCUUCAAAUCAAGAUGCUGCCACUGCAACUAAUGGAUUUGACCAAGGUUUCUACCGAUGUCGGUUGCAGUUACCCAACGAUGGAUGUAUCUGUACAAGCUGACAGAGCUCCAAUUGCGGAACAUUUCGUUUACAUGAUGCAACACUUAGUUCCCAUCUGUCAUGUACUAUCUGUAGACUCUAUGUUGUAUGGUAGUGUAGUCUUUUAUUCUGUUGGAAACAUAUUGCCAUUCUAUUGACAGUACUGUAAGUUGCUACA